UAGAUCUUGUUCCUCAUCAAGAAGUAGCAGGAAAAUCAGAAGGUUCAGUCUGAGGCGUGAUGAUAUAUCACCUCAGAAAAAUGAGCCUAUCCUCUGCAUGGAACUUUUUGAGAUGCCUGGAAAAGCUCCGUUCUCACGUAUGCCUGCUCUCUCCGUAUUCCCAAAAGACUGCCCGUGUCACUGAACGCCUUCAAGGCUCACAGCUACCUGCCCUGCAUUUUGUACUCGUGACCUCAUGUGUUAAAAGAAGACAGAAGAAAAGCAGUUCAGCUAGUGUAUACCCUUCAGUCAGAGCAGAAAGCAGAAACAAGGCCCAAAGAGCUACCAGAGCCUCUCCCAGACUGUGGCUGCUGAGAACUGUCUCCUCACAAGGAGAAACCGGGAGCUCCUUGAAGACAGGGCUGUGCCUGUUUUUAACACUUGGCAUCUUGAAACCAUGCAUGGUGAAUACUUGCCUAGUGUCCGGCCCAGGGAAUCUUCGGGAUGAGAGUAGAUGGAAAACCCUGAAGAACAAAAUUCUCAAAGUACCUAGCACAGCGUCUGGCUCACAGUGAACACUCAACAAAUAUUUGCAAAAUGAAGGAUCAAAAAGCAGUUGUUCUUCAUUAUCCUUUGGUGUCCACUCAGACUUACGAAUAAAGGAAGGUAUUGACUAGCAUAGGCAAUUGGUACGGGUUUCCUCUGAAGUUGGGGCAGGUGUCUUCUCCGCCACCGUGAGCUCCGUGAAGACAGUGCAUCCUCCUCCCUCUCUCUGCUCCCUGCCUUUCUCACCUUCGUGUCCCCAGUAUCUGUACAGUGCCUGGUGGGGAGCUGAUGCUCAACCGAUAAGUGUGGACAGGAUAAAUGAAUGAACCAACUCUAUGAGGCUCUCUGAGGACAGCUCAGCUGGCCCAGGCUCCCCUCCCUGGAGCUGCCCCCAGAACCAUGGAGAGUCUGAGUGAACUGCAGAACCCUUUGCUGCCUCGGAAUCCCGCCCCUCUCCAUGGCCCUUACCCCUACCCCGAGGCUUCGCCCAGCUGGUCAUGCCAGGAGAAGCUCUACUCCUACCUCCUGGGUGGUGCUGGCUCUGCUCGCACCCAUCAGCUCCUGGACCCAGGAUCCCUGCAGCUGGCUGUGGAGGCCUGGUACAGGCCCACCUGCCUCCUGGGGAGGGACAAGGUCAAGGAAGCCAGGGCAAACAGCUGUGAGACCAGCUUCACAGAGAACAGGGAGCCCCAGGCGGGGCCUACGCUGCGGUCCACAGAACCUGGCCAAGCAGAAGAGGAUGUCACCAUCCAGACUGUGUCCUACGGGGUUCAAGAGGAGCAGCAGGGCCAGGAGAAUGACCAGGAGGAGGAGGAGGAGGAGAGUGAUGUGACGUCGACAGACAGUGAAAGUGAAGACAACUUCGUGGCGCUGCCGCCCAGGGAUCACCUGGGCCUUACUAUCUUCUCCAUGCUCUGCUGUUUCUGGCCCCUGGGCAUCGCUGCCUUCUACUUCUCCCAGGGGACCAGCAAGGCCAUCUCCAAGGGAGACUUCCGCCUGGCCAGCACCACCUCCCGCAGGGCCCUCUUCUUGGCCACACUCUCCAUCGCCGUGGGCGCCGGUCUCUAUGUGGCCGUGGUGGUGGCUCUGGCAGCUUACAUGUCCCAGAAUGGCCAUGGCUAGUAGCCAGCAGGGCCUGGCAUCCUGGCUCCCCUGCUCCGCCUGAGGAGGCAGUGAGGCUUGGGGUUGCAGACUCUCUGGAGAGCCCCGGCCCCUGAAGACAACCCACAAUCCUGGCUUGUUGUGGGGAGGCCUCCCAGGCUGCAGCCUGCAGGGCUUCACUGUCACUUCUUCUUGUCCACAGCCCCCAGCCCCAGAGCAGAGUCUGGGACACCACCCUCUAGCCCAGGCUAUGUCAGGAAGCAAGAGAGAAUAGGGCUGCCCAUCAAGCCAUCUAGGCAGGACCUACCUCUGGCUUGAGGCCGGCUGGGAGCUCAACCUAUUCUGCCCCCCGCCCCCCACCCCCGCGACAAAGGGUUGCCUGCCCUGCCAGAAGCCCACUCCCCAACUCUGCCAGCCUCUCCACAGAGAAAAAGCAGGAGGUUACUGGGAGAUAAAAGGACACCUGGGGGUAGGGGACCUGACCCAGUUCUUUUGGCUAAUCGGAGUCUUCACACUGGGGACAAUCUGAGCUUCCCCAACUCCACUCUCUGGCCCCAUGAGGCCAAGACCCCCAGCCAACCCGGAGCGAAAUACAUAGAGACACAGGGACCCCUUGCUCUUUCCGGCUCUCUCCUGCGGGCUUGUAAGACACCAUAGAGUCUAGAUAGAGAAGAAGAGUCUCAGGCACGUAAGCUCUGCACCCAAGGCAGGGUCUUAGAGCUUCCUUGCGCAGGAACAAAAGACAGAUGUAAUGAUAGAGGUCCUGCAAUAUUGCCAGACAACUUAGGCCUCCCUGCUCCACCCCAGGUCCUCACCUCCAUCACCCUUUUCUGGGCUCCUCCUGGGAGGUCUUGAGCUAAUACCAUCCCAGAGAGUGUUCUUAGCGCACCAGUCACUGAGCACAGGGCCCUAGAUCCAGCCCUGUGGGAAAGCAGCAAGGAGAGACCCUGGGGAGUCAUGAGUGUAAACGAGGGGCAGGAUAGAGGACUGGCGUGGCUGCUGGGCAGCCCAGCAGUGUUCAGAAGGCUUCCUGGAGGAGGUGUUCCUUGAGCAAGGUCUAGAGGGAUGAGGAGAAUUUAUCUAGAUUUGUUUCCCCAUAACCCUUAGUAUUCAUGAACAGGGACAUGGCAGGAGUCUCCCAAACUAUUUGGAUUAUGCCUAGAGCAUCUGGGCUGGAGCCAAACUACAGCCAUUUUUGAGGACCCCACCACGGCGGAGAAGAAGGUGAGGCAACAUGUCUCUCAAAGACCAGUGAUGUUUUCCCACCUCUGAAUGCAAGGGGUCAGCCGUCUUCACUGACAUCUCUAAUCAGGGCUGUUCUCAACACCUCCAGCCACUAGGGAACAUCCAGAAUUUUAGAGGCAGCCAGGCAGCUAGGGGGGGCAGUAUAUUGGGAGGGCAGGCCUGUCCAGGCUCAAGCAAAGGACCCAACUGUGCAGGAUCUGGGGACUUGGUCAUUCCCAGGCUGCAUCCAGAGCCCAGGGCUGUGGAUCGACCACUGACCCACCUUGUCCCAUCACCCUCCCCAACCAGGCAUUGCCUCACCCUCCACUCCCCGCAUCCCCUGAAGUCCCACAGGCCCAGGAUCAGUGGUUUUAAUAUCCCCCUAUUGUAUAUAUUUAUCCUUGUAAUAAACAUUUCUGUAACA